CUUUAUAUAUAAAUAUAUAUAUAUAAACCAAUUAACCCGACCGAGUUAUAAAUUAGGACAUAGUAAUGGCCCACGACGGGGAGCAGUUCAUCAAGGACAUUCAGCGCGAGUAUGUGGACUUCCUGGACGACGAGGAGGAUCAGGGCAUCUACGCGGGCCACGUCAAGGACAUGAUUGCGGAGAAGAGCAAGCGCCUGAUCGUGAACGUGAAUGAUUUGAAGCGGAAGAACCCACAGCGGGCACUAGGCCUCCUGGGAAAUGCGGCGGAUGAGCAGCUGGCCUUCGGGCGGGCCCUGAAGGAGUACGCCUCCACAGUGGAUCCCGGCUAUGCCAAAAUGCACGAGGAUCUGUUCGUGGGCUUCGAGGGCUGCUUCGGCAACCGCCAUGUCACCCCGCGCUCCCUCACCUCCAUCUAUCUGGGCAACAUGGUCUGCGUGGAGGGCAUUGUCACCAAGGUCUCACUGAUCCGCCCCAAGGUGGUGCGCAGUGUCCACUACUGCCCGAAUACGCGCAAGGUAAUGGAGCGCAAGUACACCGAUCUCACAUCCUUCGAGGCCGUGCCCUCCGGUGCUGCCUACCCCACCAAGGAUGAGGAUGGCAAUCUGCUGGAAACCGAAUACGGUUUGUCUGUCUACAAGGAUCACCAGACGCUGACCAUUCAGGAGAUGCCCGAGAAGGCUCCGGCCGGCCAAUUGCCCCGCUCCGUGGACAUUGUUUGCGACGAUGAUCUCGUGGAUCACUGCAAGCCCGGCGAUCGAGUCCAAAUCGUGGGCAGCUAUCGCUGUCUGCCCAGCAAGCGCGGCGGCUACACCAACGGCACCUUCCGCACCGUUCUGCUGGCUAACAAUAUAUCGCUGCUGAGCAAGGAGAGCAACCUGGACAUCUCGCGCGAGGACAUUAUGCUGUGCAAGAAGCUGGCCAAGAACAACGACAUCUUCGAGCUGCUCAGCAAGAGUCUGGCGCCGUCCAUACAUGGACAUGCGUAUGUGAAGCAGGCCAUCCUCUGUCUGCUCCUCGGUGGCGUAGAGAAGGUCCUGCCGAACGGAACACGGCUGCGUGGCGAUAUCAAUGUCCUGCUCAUCGGUGAUCCCUCGGUGGCCAAGUCGCAGCUGCUGCGCUACGUUCUGAACACCGCUCCGCGGGCGAUUCCCACCACGGGACGUGGCUCCAGUGGCGUGGGUCUCACGGCGGCGGUUACCACGGAUCAGGAGACCGGGGAGCGGCGUCUGGAGGCCGGCGCCAUGGUCCUAGCCGAUCGCGGCGUCGUCUGCAUCGAUGAGUUCGACAAGAUGAGCGAUAUUGAUCGCACGGCCAUCCACGAAGUGAUGGAACAGGGCCGCGUGACCAUUUCCAAGGCGGGCAUCCAUGCCUCGCUCAAUGCUCGCUGUUCGGUUUUGGCUGCCGCCAAUCCGGUGUACGGAAGGUAUGAUCAAUAUAAAACGCCCAUGGAGAACAUUGGGCUGCAGGACUCGCUGCUUUCGCGUUUCGACUUGCUCUUCGUGAUGCUGGACGUGAUUGACAGCGAUGUGGACCAGAUGAUCUCGGACCAUGUGGUGCGUAUGCAUCGCUACCGCAAUCCCAAGGAGGCAGACGGAGAGCCCCUGUCCAUGGGUAGCUCCUAUGCGGAUUCGUUGUCCUUUGUUUCCAGCAGUGAGGAGAAAAAGGACACUGAGGUCUAUGAGAAGUACGAUGCCCUGCUGCAUGGCAAAUCCCGCCAGCGCCACGAGAAGAUCCUGUCCGUGGAGUUCAUGCGCAAGUACAUACACAUUGCCAAGUGCAUGAAGCCCAAAUUGGGCGAGCAGGCUUGCGAGGCGAUCGCCAAUGAGUAUUCCCGUCUGCGCUCCCAGGAGGCGGUCCAAACGGAUGUGGCCCGCACCCAGCCGAUUACGGCCCGUACCCUGGAGACCCUGAUCCGCUUGUCGACGGCUCAUGCCAGGGCACGCAUGUCCAAGUCGGUGACCAUCGAGGACGCCCAUGCAGCCAUUGAGCUGGUGCAGUUCGCCUACUUCAAGAAGGUGCUGGAGAAGGAGCGCGGCAGCAAGCGUCGCCGGCACAGUGGAUCCGAGGAGGAGGAGGAUGACGAGAACGGUGGGGCACGCAGUCAGCACUCUCCGUCGCGUCGCUCCAAGCGCACACGAACUGCGCCGGUGGGCGUGGAUAGCGAUGAGGAGGACAUUGAGACACCGCAGCCGGAUGCUGGAGACUUGACGCGCCGCGAGACCCGACGUUCGCUUCCCGCUCGCCCCCAGCUGCUGACUUCCAGCGAGGAGCAGUCAUCGGUGGGUGAGACACCGCCGGCGGAGCCAGCCUCCAUCAGCGAGCAACGACUGGGCGCAUUCAAGAACAACCUGCAGCGCCUGUUCCGCGAGGCACGCGAACAGAGCCUGCCGCUGGCCAGGAUCACCACGGCCAUCAACGAGGGCAACCAGGAGCCAUUCACCGGCGGCGAAAUCGAGGCAGCCGUCAAUCGCAUGACCGAGGACAACCAGAUCAUGGUGGCCGACGACAUUGUCUUUCUCAUCUAAUCUCACAUUCCAACGGAGCAUCUUCACCAGGUCCAUCAAAGCUUACAUCCACUAUCUAUUAUAUACUUCAUGUAUCGGUUAAGUUGUGUUUUUUGUUUAAAUUUAUAUAAUAAUAAACAUUUUUGGUACUAUCUUUGCAAAUUA